AUGGAACGAUUUGAUAAGCUAUUCUCUCUAUAUCACUCAUUUCCCCUGGUGAAUAACCCUCAUAUCCAUCCGGACUCUCCACCGCUUUCCAACCUUCGGAACUCACCUUAUCCUCCUUUCUACACCUACCAAGGUGUCCAGAUCUGCCUUCAGACCCGUAAAUUCGAUGGCAACGACCCCGCCGGCCUCUACAGCGUCGACGAAUACUUCGACUUCCACGACACUCCUCCCCACAAGCGGAGACGUCUAUUGGAAGAAUGCAAGGAAGGCCAAGCUUCACAGUGGCUCCGGUGGAUGCGGACCAACGUCCUUAAGCCCCCGAAGAAAAUUCCGGUGGUUGCUUCAUCCUCAGUCCCUCCUUCGCCUCCGUGGAUUAAACUGCCCAGGAAUGUAAUGGCCAAUAUUCUGCAGAGGCUGGGGGCAGAGGAAGUGCUGAGACGUGCACAGACAGUGUGUACUGCGUGGUGGAAGGUUUCCAAGGAUCCUGCCUUGUGGCGAGUCAUCGAUUUUUCCAACCCUAGGCAGGGGGUUUUUAACGACGAGUACUAUGCUAUGUGCCGAUGUGCAGUGGAUCGUAGCCAGGGACAAUUGGUGGACAUCACCAUCCAGUACUUCGGGGACGAUGAACUCAUGGAAUACAUCGCCAACCGAUCCCCAAGUCUUAAACGACUUAAACUUGGAACUUGCUUUUUCAUAUCGGGAAAAUGUGCAACUAGAAUGAUUGCAAAACUUAGACAGUUGGAAGAGUUACACCUUACUAUUAGACCAUGGAUUGGUGCUUCCCACAUUAUAGCCAUUGGUAAUUCUUGCCCAUUGUUGAAAUCAUUCUCGUGCAAUGGAUUUAAGUGCAAGCUUUUAACAAAUGAAUUUAUUGAUCAUAAUGAGCCGUUUCGGCAUGCAUAUGCUCUCGCAAUCAGCCAAAGCAUGCCUAAUCUACGCCAUCUUCAAGUUUUUGCUCAUUGGAUGGGAAAUAAAGGACUUGAGCUCAUCCUUAACGGUUGUCCGCACCUCGAAUCACUUGAUGUCCGACGAUGUUUUGAUCUCGAUCUUGAAGGGGAUUUGGGGAAAAGAUGUCGUGAGCAAAUAAAAUAUCUUAAACUUCCUGAUGACUCAGUUAGUGAUAUACCGUGGCCUAAUUGUGAUGGUGGCGAUCCAUUUGGUACUUCUGCCUACAGCUUUGAAGAUUACGUAUAUGACUAUGUUAAACACUACUGUUAUAGGCGUAGAUUGUAA